CAGAGUCUCCUUUCCUCCCGAGGCCUCGACCAGGGUGAGUGGUGUGGCGGCGGCAGUAUUUAUCUCUUGAUAUUACCGUCAUCCUCGUCCACUCUUUCCUUCUGUUACCCGCAAAGUUCACAAUGAAGACCAUCAUUACUUCUCAGUCGGUGACCAUUCCUAAAAACAUCAAAGUUGAUGUCAGAAAACGUGUUGUGACUGUCAAGGGUCCCCGUGGUUCCCUUCGUCGCUCCUUCAAGGACAUGAAGCUUGACAUGAAGACCCAAAAGGUGAAGAAGGGCACCAUUGUCACAGUGGAUAAAUGGUUUGGAAACAGGAAGGAGGUUGCUGCUGUCCGCACCGUGUGCAGCCACAUCUCCAACAUGGUCACUGGUGUUACUGAUGGUUUCCAGUACAAGAUGCGUGCAGUGUAUGCCCAUUUCCCCAUCAAUUGUGUGAUCUCCAACAACAAUCAGACAGUUGAAAUCCGUAACUUCUUGGGAGAGAAGUACAUCCGUAAAGUAGAAAUGGCGCCAGGUGUCACCAUCUCUGCCUCUGCUAAGCAAAAGGAUGAAUUUGUUAUUGAAGGCAACUGUUUAGAGUCUGUUUCUCAGACUGCUGCACGCAUUCAACAGAGUACCACCGUGAAGCGCAAGGAUAUCCGUAAGUUCUUGGAUGGUAUCUACGUGUCUGAAAAGGGCAAUGUUGUACAGCAUGACUAAUAAAAUAUGAUGACUUGCUAA